AUGUCCACCACAGAAAAGUCUUCCGAACGAGGUUCUCGCUCCCGUGGCAAUGAAAACACAGCACCAAAUCCUACCACUGAAGAAAGCACUCCCAAAAGUCGGAGUAAGAAAGGUGCUACAAAAGCCGCCAAAGCUGUAUCUGCCACGCAAAAAACAUCUAAAAGUGUAAAAGCAGGACUCACAUUCCCUGUUGGUCGUAUGGGACGUCUUCUCAAGAAAGGGCGUUACGCUGAUCGUGUAGGUGCAGGUGCCCCAGUUUAUCUCGCCGCUGUCAUAGAAUACCUUACCGCUGAAGUCCUUGAACUUGCUGGCAACGCUGCUCGUGAUAAUAAGAAACAACGAAUCAUUCCAAGACAUCUACAACUGGCCAUAAGAAAUGACGAAGAACUCAAUGUAUUAUUAAGAAAUGUUCAUAUCGCUGAAGGUGGUGUUCUACCUAACAUCCAUAUGGAAUUAUUGCCGAAAAAGAAAGGCGAUAACAAACCUGGAACCACGACCACGGCAUCAAAGAAGCCUGCUUCGAAAGGCGGUAAAACAACCUCCACCACCAAAGCCUAA